AUGGACGUUGAACUCCUUACCGCUCCCCCUAUCGCCGCCAGCCAGCCAACCAUCCGUGACCCGAGGAGCGGGUCUGCUCUUUUCGUACACUACCAGAUGUUGCCUUUGGACGUCGUUGACUCUGAAGAACAGAAGGAGGCUUCAGUUAAUCAACAGCAAACAAGUAUCUUUCUAAAGAUUUCAUGCAAAAUGCCGCAGAGACUGGGCGACGGCGGACUAACAUUGGGGGCUGCGCCUCGACAACAUCUGUUCCAAUGUCCUGGAAAUCGGAUACCACACUUUCUGCCCAACCCAUUCAAUCCCUUCAUGCCGUUCUACCACAAUCCUCUGCAGAGUUUUUCUUCAACAACUCCGCCACAAGUACCCCUACGAAAAUCAUCUGUGGACAGACGAUCUGACGGUAUGGAUUCCGUGCAGAAUAACUCAGGAUGGAAGAGCGGACUGGGUGCUUAUCCUCCGCCCACGCCCACCUCGCACACAAUGGCUGGCGGGGAUGUUUGGCGCGGUGGUCCGGCCCAAACGAAGUCGGUGGGUGCUGGCAGCCCAGCUGCCGCCACAGCAGCCGCCACCACCACGUCGUCGCUGUACGCCGCAGUGGUAGCGGCUGCUGUCGCCUCCUGGAGCGGACAGUCGCCGCCCGCUUCGACACCGACGACCAAUUCCAUCGCCGCCCCCCUCAACAGUGGAGUCCACUCUUCUCGGUGCGACGCCCUACGCAAGAAGGAGUGCGAGCCCAAUGGUGAUGCGUCUGGAAAGCGAACAAUAUCACUGGACGCGUCUAGCAACCCCUACUCUCCAAGCAUGUUUGCGGCCGCGGCAGCAGCGCAUAUGCACUUCCUUUCGGCAGCCGCUGCAGCGGCCUCCUUCACUGGCGGUCUCCCAUCUGGCCAGACCAACGCGACGACAACCGCGUCCGCUAGGGGAGACCAGACAGUCUCCCCCCUUCCACCGCCGUCUGGUCUCGGGAGGAAGGCGGGCGAGCCUUGGAGAAACCAGCCUCCUCUUACCAAACCGGUGGAGUCGUCGCGACAACACUCACGGAAGCCGGGCUACGACCAUGAGCCCACAACGCCGUCUCCCCCAGAUGACGCCUCGAGUGAGCCUGACAGCGGUCGCGCGCUCUCGCGGUUGAAAAAGACCCACAUAAAGAAGCCGUUGAAUGCGUUCAUGCUUUUCAUGAAGGAGAUGCGACCCCGCGUGCAGGAGGAGUGCACACUCAAGGAGUCGGCUGCGAUCAACCAGAUCCUUGGCAAGAAGUGGCACGAGCUCUCGCGAGCCGAGCAGACCAAGUACUACGAAAUGGCUCGUCAGGCUAAGGAGCUGCACCAGCGGCUGUACCCUGGCUGGUCGGCACGCGAUAACUACGCAAACCAUGCAAGACGACGACAUCGACGUGGACGUCGACCCUUCCACCAUCACCAUCACCACCACAACCGAUUCAUUCACAAGCCGAGUGCACCAAAUACAGUGAAGUCAAGUGUAAUUGGUCGCACGAGGUCCACAAGUCUUCAUGAAGAACGAAAGGCCAUUGAAAUUCCACCGAAGGCUUUGGAACGUCCACAUUCCACCAAUGGAGUAUACUCUCCCGUAGAGAGACGGGUGACCUCGCCAACUCCUUCACAGUCACCGGUGAUUAGCAGGGUUUCUGAGCGACCGCUCUCACCUCCAUUGCCUCCACCACAGACGCUUUCGUCGUCGUCGGCGGCGGUGGUAUCGACCAUGGCGACAUCGACAACUUUGGUUCCCUCGGCACCUCUGUCAGCCCCGCAGACUCUCUGCUCGCCACCCAGACCGACGCCCACUCUCACAAAUAAUGCCUUGACAAUGUCAGCUUAUUCAGCAUUUGAACAGCACUACAAUCAGGCCCCUCACCAACGGCCGCAACAGCCAUCUCCGGAAAGAUCCUUCGGCUAUUCCUCAAUGUACCCACCUGCGCACACGCAGCAGAGAAUUAUGCCUCCGCCAACGAGUUACUGGGGCUACCAUGGCCCACAAGCACCGUCACACCAAUCAGCGGUCAAGAGGAAUCCCUAUUUAGCUGCAGCUGCGAUGAACAGCGAUUCAGUGGCUGCCGUAGCUGCAGUUGCGGCCAUGGCGGCAGGCGAACUGUCGGGUGGUAGCAUGAAGAAGUGCAGAGCGAGAUUUGGGCUGGAACAUCAGAACUUGUGGUGUAAACCCUGCAGACGAAAGAAGAAGUGUAUCCGGUUCAUCUCAGAAAAUGAAGUUGACGAUUACAUGCCUCACCACCAUCCAUAUCACCCACAUUCGGCAGCUGCCGCCGCAGCCGCUGCGGCUGCGGCGUUUACCCAUCAUAACUCACACCAUUCAAACCACAACCAUCCCUAUGGCGUCUUUCCUCCGGCCCGUCGACACACGAGCAGCGGAAUGAUGGGGCUAGGUGGACUGAUUGGUGGCGGUGGUGGCGGCGGCGGCGGGAGUUCUUACGCCGCCGUGACGGGUACACCCUCGGCCGUUCCGAACCGGAAUCACCCCGUCAUGUCGGGGGGCCCCGCCUCAUUUGGCAAUGGGGUAGGCGCCUCGCCAUCACCCUUCAACCCCCUGCAACGACCCCUCAACCAGCAGUUACCGGCCCAUCCAUUCUCCUCCGGUGUCGCGGCCUCGAACUCAGCCUACACACAUCCAACUCUCAGCAGCAGGUACUGCUGCAAGAGACCUUUACCCUUGUCUUCACGGCAGCAUCAGUCACUCGGCGAUUUUUCUGGCACUCCCAAUCCUUACACCGUGUGCACGAGUGCCAGCACCACGAACACAUACUGGGGCACGACUCCGCGGUCCAGGUUCCAGACUCCCGACCACCUGCGGCAGCAGUCGUCUGCACGCUUCUCCGCCUCCUCAAUGGUGUCCCCAUCCAACUCGAUACAGGGUAAAUCGAAAUCGCUCCAACCAGUUCCCCGGGUAACACAGGGUUCCGACACAUACCCUCCUCCUCCUCUCCCUAAGUCGAACAACUUUCCAAUUACGCAACAGGGUACUUUAACUACUGUUCCUCCUGUCUCUUCUUCAUCCAUCAACACCAACGCCUCAACCACCAUGGGCAGUCAGAGGCUGAAACGAGAAGGGCCGCCUCUCAGUUUUGGCGUCGCUGACGUGAUGGGAUUCAAGUCAGGCGACGAAGUGGUGGGGAAACUGUCUACCGCUGCACCAGCGGCAUAUCGAGGAAACGCCUCACCCAGUACCUCUUCCUGUCCCCUUCGUUCCUCACCGGAGCUUGAAUAG